AUGUCCCUUCUGGGGGAUGAUAGGAAGCGACUGCUCAUUGUCAUGGUUGGCCUCCCGGCAAGGGGGAAAUCGUUCAUUUCCCAUCGCCUUACGAACUAUCUGACAUGGUAUGGGUUGAGAACCAAGGUAUUCAAUGUUGGAGCAUACAGGAGGGCUGUUGGCGGGAAUGAAGACGCGGAAUUCUUCGAUGCAAAUAACAAGGACGCUGUUGCGAAGCGGGAAAACCUCGCAUGGACUGUCUUGAACGAAUUGCUUUCAUGGCUGGUUUUGGGAGAGGGAGACGUUGGGAUUUUCGAUGCUACAAAUACGACAGAUGAACGAAGAAGGAUGGUCCUGGAGUGUGCAUUGACAUACUCUAGUGACAUCAAAGUGCUGUUCAUCGAGUCAAUCUGUGAUGAUCCUAAAGUUCUUGAAGCGAACCUGAAGCACAAAGUCAGCAGCUCCCCGGACUUUGUUGGGAUUGAUCCCGAAAAGGCAUCUCUAUGUUUUCGACGUGCUGUCCGGCUGAACGAUUUUAGCGAAAGAAUAAGAAAGUACGAGCAGAUAUAUCGCCCAAUUGGUGAUGAUUCUUUAUCGUAUAUUAAGGUGAUCAACCUGUCAUCAAAAGUUGUUUGCAACAAGAUACAUGGAAGGACACAGCAUCGUAUACUUGCAUUUCUCAUGAGUUUGCAUGUUCUCGAGAGACCAGUCUGGCUUGUCCGACCAGGGCCGGUAACUUACUUGAAUGGGUGUUUACGAUUCUCCUCCUCCCUGACGCGUCAUGGUACAGGUGGAUGUUGA